UACCCGGCAGGCAUCGCGCCCUGCACUCGGCGAUGACGUGUCAGCCGUCCAUUGAGAGAGACUGUUGGAAAGUGCGGCUCCCAGCGUGCCCCGGGGCGGAGUGUGCACCAACUUGUCUGCUGCGGAUCUCAUGGUGGCGGCCGCAGUAAUCGCCAGAGCAAUCGUGGAGAAGAAAUCAUUGUGAGCAAAUGCACCUGGAAAUCCAAUUUAUAUACAUAAGAGACUAUCUGUAGUCUGUUGAAAAAAAGCAAGAAUAACAGUUUCCAUUUUCAUUAAGCCAAAGUGACUUCAACAAUUUUAUCUUUUGUGUAUAAAGAAUGCCAGCGUGCAUGGUGAAGGGAUGUCCCUCUGGUGGACGACAUCAUGAAGAAGGCGUUACCCUACACGUGUUUCCUAAAAACAAAGAGAUGAUCAAAUGUUGGCUCGCUCAAACAGGACAGAAUUUUGGUGAUCUCGAUGAAUUUGCAGAGAAAGUACUUGAAGGAAAAAAAUCUGACAAAUAUCGCAUGUGCUCCAAGCAUUUUACUCCAGGCUCAUAUAUUGUCGCUGAAGGAUGGAGGAAAGCUUUAAGAAAAGAUGCGAUCCCCACCAUCUUUGAUAUUAUUCCAUCUCCCGCACUCCCAGCCUUUCAAAAGCGACCAUUCAAGAGACAAAGACUCGAAGAGUCAGUCACCCCAAUGUUGAUGACUGUUUAUGAAGAUCCAGGUCCUUCUUCUGACUUCUGUUAUCAUUGCGGACAAAGGAUACUGGCUAAUACAACAAUGAGAUCUAUUGGCGUGUUAACAGAUUUUUAUGUUGGUAGGAGGGAUUGCUUUACGCAGACAGACCCCAAAAUGGGUUGCAAAAAUGUAGCUACUGAAACGAAACUUAAAAAGUAUCAUAAGAGAGUUCAGUGUAGGAUAAGGGUAAAACCUACCAACUCUGACUCUUCACCAAUACCUCUUGAAAACUCUGUAGAUGAAGGAUCCCAUGUGUUACAAUAUGUUGUUCCAUCAGAUGACCAUGAAACCCAAAUAUCAGAUGCUGGAUGUGAACAAUCAGAUGAAAGUGAACCUGAAAAUGUAGAUUCCCCAUCUCCAAAUGUUUACCAAUUUACACCUGAAACUCCCCUGCCAAUGCAUCUCUCUACAACGUCCCCAAUGGAUAUUGACUCCACCAAUUUCAGUAGAAGACAUACAUUUGACUCCACGUUGCAUGUAUCCACAGACACUGAAAAAACCUUCAAUUAUGAUCCAGAUUUCAGUGAAGUAACCCUUGUGUCUGACUGUUCUAACCACAAUGAUCCUGUAAAGGAACACAAAUUCAUGGUAUUUGAAAGCUGCCUUGAUGCUCUUAUAUACAAAGUACCUUGUCAAUAUCAAGGGCGAUGUUGGAAACCAAUAAGCAGUAUAGAGAAGAAAAGUAUUGGUUCUUUUGUAAGUGUAUAUGUUACGUGCGUAGACAGUCACUGUUAUUGUUUAUGGGAAAGCCAACCCAAAAUUGGGCAUAUGCCGGUAGGAAAUCUCCUUCUGUCCUCUGCAAUACUGUGUAGUGGAUCAUCUUUUGUAAAAACCCAACACUUAUUCAGUUUAUUAGGACUUUUGAACAUUAAUAAACUUGUAUAUUUUAAGAAUCGGGUACAAUAUUUGUUUCCCGCCAUAAAUCACCAGUGGCAAAAAGAACAGAGAAGGAACUUCCAAAUUCAGGCAGCUAAUCCUGUAUGUUUGGCUGGUGACAGCAAAUAUUAUCUUCCUGGUGAUAGUACUAAGUACUGUGUGUACACUAUGAUGGAUGUAGAAUCUAAAAAGAUCAUUGGAUUUCAUGUUGAACGAGUAAGGGCUGGAAUGCCAUCUUUUGCUUUGGAAAAAAUAGCCUGCAAGAAAGUCCUUUGGAACCUACUGGAUCAAAAACUGCACGUGAAAAUGGUAUGCACAGGCCAACAUGGUAGUGUAAGAAAAAUGAUAAGAGAGGAAUUUCCUAAUAUUAUCCAUCAAAUUGAUGCUCGCCAUUUGGUCAAAUCAGUGGGUCACAAGGUAGCACGUGCAAGUCGGAAAAAAAAUUGUUCAGAGUUAUGCGCUUGGGUCAGUCCUAUCAAGUCUCACCUCUGGUGGUGUGCUAGCACCUGUGAGGAGAAACCAGAGGUCUUAGUGCAGAAGUGGAAUUCUCUGCUGUAUCAUGUUGUGAACACCCACUCAUGGCAAGCAGGCCGAGGAUAUGAACAUUGUCAGCACGACCACAUUCCGGAAGCGGUCUGUAAAUGUAGAAAAUGGCUUUCUAAGGGUGGUAAAGCAUAUGCCUCCCUUAAGACCAUAGUUCUCAACAAGAAGCUUCAGCAAGACCUCAGACAUGUGUCUAAUUUCUGCAAUAGUGCUGAGCUUGAGGUUUAUCAUGGUGCCAUGUCAAAAUUCAGACCGAAAAGUGAUCCUUUUUUUAUUGAAGACUUGGUGGCAAGGACGCAGUUAGCUAUGUUGGAUCACAACAACAAUGUUUAUCGCGUACAGGCAGUGGUGAGACAUGCGACAAAGAUAUGUGAUCCUUUGUUUACACCAAGGUUUUACAAUGUGGGGAACAGUGCACGCAAACAGUGCUUUCAGAGAGCUCUCUAUGAGGCUGGAAACCAUGAAUUUUUAUUUGCCAUUAUGAGAGAAGUCAUAGAAUUUGCAAGUGGAAAUCACCGACAGGACUUCCCUGUUAUGAUCAGAACCUAAAAAGAAAAGCUAUUUCAAGCGGUACUCCUGCGCUAAGACAUCUUAUCCCCUAUCCAAAGUAUAGGGGAUAAGAUGCCUGAUCGCGGGGGGUCCCGCCGCUGGGGACCCCCGUGAUCUUUCACGCAGCACCCCGUUACCUCCCCGGAGCAUGUUCGCUCCGGGUCUGAUGACUGCCGAUCACGGGGCUGGAGUAUUGUGACGUCACGGCUCCGCCCCGUGUGAUGUCAUGCUCUGCUCCCUCAAUGCAAGCCUAUUGGAGGGGGCGUGACAGACUUGGGAGAAACAAAAUGUACUUUAACACUAUUGCAUUUUGUAUUUUUCACAAACCUCUUAAAAUGCACUUUUUAAUAUUUUUUUUCUUGUGAAGAUAAAUUGGUUAAAAAAAACUUUGUGCUGUAAAUUUUUUAUCUUUUUUUUAAUUUUUAGCUUAAGUUUAAUACAGUUGGUUAAAAAUAUUAG